GAGGGCUCUGUCUCAGCCCCAUUUGCCUUGCAUUCUGCGGUGCUGGAUGAGAGGAGGGAGCCCUGAAGGUUCCUCCUGGGCGGGUGGCACAACCUCCCUGCUUCCCACAGCUCCUCAGGGCCCAUCUGGUGAAGUCUGUCACAGGUUCUGCCCUGCAUCCAGUCUGCUCUGGUCAGCAGCCAAGGGACCAGCAGUGUCCCUGCUGCUCUUUUCCCUCCCCCAGGGACAGGGCGCGCAGGCUUUGAUGUGCGGGCACAGGGCUGGGGACAGGCUGUGUGUGCUCAUGAGAGCCUGGCCAGGCUCCAGCUGCCUUUGAAGUGCUCCAGUGAUCAGGAUGAAAGGGAGGGGAGUCCUUCCCCAAACCAUCUGGCUCUAAUUGCAGGUAGAAAUGCCUCUCCGCAUCCCCCGUGGGGAGGGGCAUGCUGCUCUCUUCGUUAAUCUUGCUGCUCUCGUCUGGGCUGGUGCAGAGGGCAAGAGCUUGCGAACAAAAGGGGGUUUCAGCUGGACAGCCAGAAAUAGAUGCUGCUGGCAGAGAUGCCGGGGCUUCGGGCACCUUUGUGCCCUGUGUGGAGCCACAGGGCCCCAGGGGCCUUCCUAGAGACACCCAUGCCACGGGGGGCUUUGCCAGUUGUUCCCAUCUCCGGUUUCCAUCCUUCUGACUCAUGCCCUUCUGUGCCAGCACGGAGGUCUCUGCCUCGUCUGACCCCCGUGCUGCCAGGGACGAGGAGCUGCCGCCAUCGGGCAAGGCACGGGGCCUGCGGCGGAGUGGGCAGGCGGGACCACGGCGGCACCGGCGCCGCGGGGCGGCUCAGCAGGCAGCGAGGAGCCCGGCAGUGCCCCAGCCUGGAGGUGCCGGCCAGGAGGAGAGCCUGCCCUUCGUGCUGGACCUGCAGAGCUUGCCCGGGCUGGCCAACGUCGACCUGAGCGCCCAGAACCCCAACAUCCAGGUGACCAUUGAAGUAGUGGACGAUCCUCAGGCUGAGAUGGAGAUGGACUUGUUGAAGGAGACAAGCAAUGACUGGUCCUUGACAUCCUCUGAGUGGUUGUCCCACAAGGACCUCUUCUGGCCUCUUUUCUGGGAAUACACUGACACCACUGAGGAAGAAGAGGAGGAGGAGGAGGAAGAGGAUGACAAUCUGGAUGUAGGGGACAGGGAGGAGGAGGAAGAGGAGGAGGAGGAAGAAGAGGAGGAGGAAGAGGAAGAGUACACAACAGCAGACUAUGAGGAGGAGGAGUCCAUGCUCAGUGGAGUAGGAGGUGACUGGGACCAACGGUGGCCCGGGCAGAAGAACUGGAUCUUUAAGGAAAAAUACAAUUACGACUAUGAAGAUGAGGAGGAAUGGAGCCCAUGGUCCCCUUGCAGUGUCACCUGUGGCAGCGGCAACCAGAAGAGGACCCGGUCCUGUGGCUAUGCCUGCACAGCAACAGAGUCAAGAACCUGUGACCUGCCGCGCUGCCCUGGAGCAGAGGGGGAAAUGGUCUUCCCCACAGAGGAGACUCCUUUCAGAAGUGACAACACCACGGAGCUGUUCAACUCAGAUGUGGACAGCUGCGAGAAGUGGCUGAACUGCAAGAGUGAUUUCCUCACCAAGUACCUCAGCAAGGUGCUGACGGACCUGCCCAGCUGCCCCUGCUCCUACCCGCUGGAGGCCGUUUACAGCGCCGUCAACCUGCGGGAUGAGCAGCAGGGGAAGAGCUUCCGCUGGCGGGAUGCCAGCGGCCCCAAGGAGCGCCUGGACAUCUACAAGCCGACGGCACGCUUCUGCCUGCGCUCCAUGCUCUCCCUGGACAGCACGACACUGGCGGCCCAGCAUUGCUGCUAUGAUGAGCACACCCGCCUCAUCACCCGGGGCAAGGGUGCCGGUGUCCCCAACCUCAUCAGCACCGAGUUCUCCCCUGAGCUGCACUACAAGGUGGACAUGCUGCCCUGGAUCCUCUGCAAGGGCGACUGGAGCCGGUACCACGCCGUGCGGCCACCCAACAACGGGCAGCGGUGUGCUGACAACCCGGCUGAGGAGGAGUACCUCUCCCAGCUGCAGGAGGCCAAGGAGUACUAGCUGCAGCCUUGCUGGGUUGAGACAUGAGGCCACAGGGCCACCAUGCACCAGGCUGCCGAUAGGUCCUGCCCUGGCCCAUGCUGCAAGGGCUGGAGCCAUCCCUCGUGCAUCCUUUCCGAGCCUCAGCCCUGCUGGCGAGCUCCUUGUGGGGCUGCGAGGAACAGGGUUUCUUCUCGAUUUGUGAGGGCACAGGAAUGUCACUGUGUCACCCCUGCCGUGCCACCUGGGGCAGGUCCCCCACUGCUACUCACUUGUGGGCAGUGCAGAGGUGGGGUGCAGGGGGCAGGAGGUGGUGGCCAGUGUCAGGGGAAAAGGGCCUACUCGUGAGCAGAGCUUGCGAGUAUGCAGGGCAAAAGGAUGGCUGCGUGGGCUCCCGUGGCAAGAUCACCUUGCCUCUGUGGUUUUAGCUGUGAAAGAGAGCAUUCAGUGCCAAAGCUUGAAAGAGUUGGACCUCAGACUGAGAUCAUCAUGGGGAAACACCACAGGUCUGCAUUGCAGCCCCUCUGCCUCAGUGCUUAGGGGAGCAGGGUGGCAGCGCUUGUGCAAGUUCCAUCACCAGCCCUGCUCUGCAUUUCAGCUCCCCAGUGAGUUUCAGUGCUUGGGAGCAACUGUAAUAUGGCUCAGCAGAAAGUCCUACAUUUCCCUCCCACAGCAGCCAAGCCACCGCUCAUGCCAUUGCUGGAGAGGAGCAAAAAUCACUGAGCCAAGCUCCCCAUGGUAAAUGGGGACAAGUCACCACUGGGAGCACUCAGCAUUGCCCCGUUUCUAGUCUGCUGCUCACCUCUCAUCUUUCUUUCUCCAUGCUGUUUGCCCAAACCCUCCACAAGAGGCAGCCCAGAGAAAGCAAGUCCUGGUCACAUCCUGCUGCUAUCCAGGCUUGCCAGGCAAGCAUGGUUCCAAAUGAGGAAGAAACACAAUGGUUAAUAAUAUCAAUACAUGGUGUCUACAGAUUGUGACACUCUCCAUUGCCACUUUUUUUUUUUUUUUUUUUUUUUUUUUUUUUUUUUUUUUUCCAGCUUUUCAUAGAUCCUUGGCAGUUUCUCCUAUCUCAAGCUCCGAAACUUCCCACAGAAAAACAGGGCUGAGCACCUUUAUCUCUGGACAUUCAGUAGUUGAACAUGGCUGAAGCUGUUCACUGCUUUCAUUUAGCAAGUUUUAUUAUGAAUCCGAGGAAAUAAAAGAGUAAGUCAAGCAAAUGAAUGGAGUCAUUUCUAGACUAGAGAUUUCAACAAAGGCAGUUGUUUAUUCCAUGUCUUUUGUGCAGAACACUGUUAGACCAAAAGGUGUCUGUGCCAGUUCAGAAGGUCUUGGGUUGACUGUCCUGUGCUAAUUCAGGAGCCUGUCCUGUGCUAAUUCAGGAGCCUUUUCCAGCACGAGUGAGCAUUCAUAGUCAGAGAGCUCCUUGGGCAGUCUUUCUAGGACUUUUAUAUACAUUGAGUAUCCAUUGAUCCUUUUGCUUUGGUUGCUAACAGUAUAUUUAAUCCAUGGUCAUCAGUAUUUAGGACUUCAUUACUGGUAAAAAAAAAAGUGCUAAUGAAGUUAUUGCUGAAUUACUCUUCUUUAGCUAUUAUUCCAUACUUGAAUCCACCGAACUUGGUUAUGGGUACUAUCAAAACAUAAGCAGGUACAGCCCCUUUUCCAAAACACAUGCAAUCAAAAAUGACAAGUAUUAUGUAAAAAAAAAAAUAAAAAUAAAAAAUAAAUAAAAAAAGAUUAAAACCAAAUGGGCAUGGAUGGCGACCCAGACCCUGGUAAAUUUUCAUUACCAUUACAUGCUCCCUA